UGCAGAAGCUAAGGGCCAUCGUUCGCCGUCGAGGAAAUUGAUUGCACUCCCGUCGCCAGCAUGAAUUUCCUCAAAAGUGGAUUACAGACCGUGCUCGGUGCUCAACAGGCCAAUCAGGCUCCCAGCGGCGCCGAAACGGUGGAGCUGCUGGUGGAACGGGUAACGUCUUCCACUCUACUGGAUGACCGCCGUGAUGCCUGUAGGGCGUUGAAAGCCCUUUCGAAAAAGUAUCGCAUCGAGGUUGGCAUUGGCAUGAACGCGAUGAUGCAGGUGCUGGAGACGGACCGAUCGGACUGUGAGAUUAUCGGCUACUGUCUCGAUACCCUGUGCCAUGUAACUUCGCCGGAGCAGUUCGAAGAGGAAGAAGACAACCCAAACGUAACGGCUAACAUUGGCGAGCAGUUCACGGAGAUAUUCAUUAAAAACUCGGAUAACGUCUGCCUGGUCCUGAGCUGCCUGGAGGAGUACGAUUUCCGGGUCCGUUGGGCUGCCAUCAAGCUGCUGACAAACCUGCUCGCAAAUCGACCGAAAGAGAUACAGGAAAUUGUGCUCGUCAGCCCAAUGGGUGUGUCGAAGAUGAUGGACCUUCUUAUCGACAGCCGGGAAGUGAUUCGAAACGAUGCGCUGCUGCUCAUGAUUCAGAUGACGAAAGGCAAUGGUAACAUUCAGAAAAUUGUUGCCUUUGAGAAUGCCUUCGAUCGCCUGUUAGACGUGAUCAAAGAGGAAGGUUGCUCUGACGGUGGAAUCGUGGUGGAAGAUUGUCUCAUACUGAUGCUAAACCUGCUGAAAAACAAUCCAAGCAACCAGCAGUUUUUCAAAGAAGGCUCCUACAUUCAACGGCUAGCUCCAAUGCUUGAGCUUGCUCCCGAGCAGGACCAAACGGGCAUGAGUCCGCAAAAAGUGUCCAAUCUCCACUGCAUGUUACAGGUCGUCCGAGCGCUAGUCUGUCCCAGCAAUCCGCAACAGGUCAUCGGCUCGUGCCAGAAGGCUAUCCGCAGUUCCGGGCUGCUUGCAGCAAUCUGUAACAUCAUCAUGACCAGCGGUGUUCCGCCGGAUUUGCUAAUCGAGACCAUCAACACCAUCGCGGAAGUGAUCCGGGGCGACAGCCAAAACCAGGACUACUUUAAUUCCGUCAUUGCACCGUGCGAUCAACCACUUUCGGCCAUCGUACUCCUGCUGAUGUCUAUGGUGAACGAAAAACAACCCCUUUCGCUACGCUGUGCCGUGCUUUACUGCUUCCAGAGCUAUCUCUACCGGAACGAAGGUGGACAGAGUGCACUUGUUAAGACACUGCUGCAAUCUUCUGAGCAGACGACUACCAUCACUAGCGGGCAACUGCUCUGCCGCAGUCUAUUCAGCACCGAUCCGCUAUCGAACUGGUUUGCGGCCGUUUCCUUAAGUCACGCGCUGCUAGAAAAUCCGGCCCAAAAGGAGCAACUUCUUCGUGUGGUGCUGGCAACCUCGCACGCUAGCAAACCGGUCUCUUUGCUGGAGCAAUGCACGCAGCUCCUGCAGCAGUCAACCGGCAAGUUCCAGAGCAAGGUGGGACUACUGAUGCUCUUGUCCGUGUGGCUCAGCCACAGCCAGCUGGCGGUUCGAACAUUCCUCUCCAUCCCGGGCACGAUUGCGUACCUGACGGGACAAAUUUCAGCCAACGAACAUGGAGACAACGAGUAUCUCAUGCAGGGUCUCUGCGCCUUCCUGAUGGGUUUGUGCAUACAGUUUAACGACAACAGCGUGCAGGAACACCAGCGCGAGUUCCUCUGCCAGCUGCUGAUCAAACGUAUCGGGUUGGACACGUACAACAAGAAGCUGGGCGAAGUGUCUAAGCAUGAAUGUUACAGCAGGUCGGCGAAGCAGCCCCAAAUUCGAGUCACGUCCAACGCCUCCGAGCUGCUGUUGGAUUAUGAGUUUUGCCGCCUCUUUAAGUCGCUCGAAGCGCUCGUUACCAAAACGGUCAACGGGUUCAACGCCGGUGGAGAGAACAUCACCGAGCUGACGCUCAGCCAGGAGGCUUCCGGGUUGGUCGGUCAGUACAAGGACAUCAUACGCGAACAGGACGCUCGACUGCAGGCACUGCAGCAGCAGCUAGCCGGAGCCGAAGCGAGAAUUCGGGAACUGACGCAAGCACUCGAACAAUCUCAGGCGAGCAACGGACAACUCCAAGAUCAAAACAUUUUGCUGAAGGCACAGCUGCAAGCGGCAUCUGAUUUGCGCCAGCAGCACCCAACAACAAACGCCACGAUAUCGUCGGCGUCGUCUCCACUGCACGUGUUGAGCACGCGCGAUGAACACCAUGAAGAUCUCGAGAGGCGCCUUGCGAUGCUAACGGUUGAGCAGCAAACGGACCGGUCGAGGCUGUCCUACUACGAAACGGAAAACAGCCGAUUGCUCGGUGAACUGGAGCAACUACGAACACGGGUCAGUGCGGCCGAAGGUCGAGCAAACGAAACGGGUGGCGAUCUCGAGAAGGUCCGCAAGGAUCAAGAAGAUCUGUUGGAACUGCUCACCGAUCAAGAGAGCAAGCUCCAACGCUAUCGGAUGGAAUUGAAGCGGGUCACCGGCAAGUCUUUCGAUGAGGAUGAUGACGAGGAGGAAGAGGAGGAUGAAAGGGCAAGUAACGGAACGAACGGAACGCAGGGAAACAAAACGUCAGCUUUCGUUUGUUAACACGUUCAGUUGGACAUAACGUUUCAUAAUAAAUAACCAACGACGAACCGCCAGAGAAUGUAGCAUAGGUUUUGCUUUGUUGCUGUUUUCCGUAUUAUUAUAAAUCAACACAAUAUACCAUUGCCAAUAAACCUAGUUCAUAAAACAAGGAACGUUCUUGACAAAACUUAACGUGUUACAUCACAUUGGGCAUGAUAUCAAUAGGCUCAAUUUCGAUGUUCUUUUGAGCUUCCCUUAGUCAAUAAAGUGCAAAUCAUUCCAUUGUGUUUCGAAGCAAAUAAAAUUGCAAUAGAAUGUCUUAUUUGUUCAGUGGA